AGUGAUAGCGUAGAGACUGUAGUGUUCACAUCACACGCGACACACCGAAAAUUUUUCGUACGUUCAACGCGUGCCGCUAGAGAAUCAUUCGAUUUCACGACACGAUAAUUAGUUACGUUACAAAACACGUUACACACAUAUACUUAUGUGUAUACAUACAUUAUUAUAUACAUAAAAAGGCACGAGCGCGAUCAUCUCGAUAAACGCACAUAUAUAUAUAUAUACACAUACGCACAGGACAACGCAAGAGAACAGAACAUUGGGAAGCACAUACCAGAUAUAAAGUAAUAACAAGAAGGAUAUUUCUUGUGUCAAACACAAUCUUUCUUCGGGAGCAACAAUUACGCACAUAUUAACGACUGUGACCAUCUUUUUGAGAGUGCUUUUUUUACAAGAACGUUUUUCAUCGAAAUACGAAUCCUGAUUAUUCGGAUUCUCUUUCCUUCUUACGGCAAUCUCUUUUUGCAAGAAAAAAAAAAUAUUUCUACAAAAAUCCCGUGAAAGGGAAUUAACGAUUAGGAAGAGACACACGACCUUUGACUCUCUGCCAGGGGUGAUUAACCCCCAUCGACGUAACUCCAAGGACAACCGGAAGUGCUACGAAAAACACGCUAUAUACCAAGUUAUAGCGUGUUCCGUGUUGGAAACACGCAUUCGUUUUCCGUCCAUCUUGCCUCGUCGAGGAAGUGUGCCGCCACCCACACCCUCUUGUUCCCCCUCCCCCGUGAACUUCCGGUCUCGAAGAUCCUCCUCCAGGACGUUGGAGAAGGAGAACGUGGUGAAGAGGUGAAGUUCGAUUAUCGAGAGGUGAACACACGAGGUUUACCGCUCUCUGUCAGUUUCUCGCUCGCUGUUUCUCUCGCCGGGGCGUCGUCAUCGUUGUCGUCGUCAUGGGCGGAUGUACCUCGAAGGAUACCACGUCGAACGACGACAAAAAAAGCAGCAAUAUGGUUGACCAAGCUGUUUUGGAUAAACUGGAGACCGGUUUCACCAAAUUGGCUAACUCAGACAGCAAAUCAUUGCUAAAGAAGUAUUUGACCAAGGAGGUCUUUGAUCAACUAAAAACGAAGAAAACUUCCUUCGACUCUACUCUUCUAGAUUGUAUCCAAUCUGGUGUAGAGAAUUUGGAUUCUGGUGUUGGUAUUUACGCUCCUGACGCUGAGGCUUACACACUUUUUGCUGACCUCUUCGAUCCCAUUAUUGAAGAUUACCAUGGUGGCUUCAAGAAGUCUGACAAGCAUCCGCCAAAAGAUUUUGGAGACGUUGAUUCUCUCGGCAACCUUGAUCCAGCUGGUGAAUUCAUCGUUUCCACUCGUGUAAGAUGCGGUCGCUCCUUAGAAGGUUAUCCAUUCAAUCCUUGCUUGACCGAGGCUCAGUACAAAGAGAUGGAAGAAAAAGUCUCUAGUACACUGUCAGGCUUAGAGGGUGAACUCAAGGGAACUUUCUAUCCUCUAACCGGCAUGAGCAAAGAAAUUCAACAAAAAUUGAUCGAUGAUCACUUCCUGUUUAAAGAGGGUGAUCGCUUUUUGCAAGCUGCCAAUGCUUGUCGCUUCUGGCCCACUGGUCGUGGUAUUUACCACAACGACGAUAAGACCUUCUUGGUCUGGUGCAACGAGGAAGAUCAUCUUCGUAUUAUUUCCAUGCAGAUGGGUGGUGACCUUGGACAGGUUUAUCGUCGCCUGGUACAUGCUGUAAACGAAAUCGAGAAACGACUUCCGUUCUCACACAAUGAUCGUCUCGGUUUCCUGACUUUCUGCCCGACUAAUUUGGGUACUACAGUCCGUGCUUCUGUGCACAUCAAGCUGCCUAAAUUAGCUGCUAACAGGGCAAAACUUGAGGAAAUCGCAGGAAAGUUCAAUCUUCAGGUUCGUGGUACUCGUGGAGAGCACACUGAGGCUGAAGGUGGCAUCUACGAUAUUUCUAAUAAACGACGUCUUGGUCUGACCGAGUAUCAGGCUGUGAAGGAGAUGCACGAUGGAAUCGCCGAGUUGAUUAAACUCGAAAAGGAACUUUAAAUAACGCGCCAGAGACAAAGCAACACGCGAUCAUUUCCCUUUAUUCGUCCUUUAGACGUUCUUGAUACAUCGAGGAUCCUUUCUUUGAAAAAGACAACAUAAAGAUUUUCAAUUAUUACAUCAUUUUUUGUAAAAAUUGAAAGAAGCGAUGAAGUGUUCGAAAAGAAAAUUCGAAAAUCGUAAAAAAUAAAGUAUUAUAAUUCGUUCUCGUUUCCAAACGUGAGAAAAAAAAUUAAAAAAUAAAUUCAGAACUAUGACUCGUUCUGAAAAAUAAGCAAAGAAACAAUUUCUAAAAAGGAAUGGGGCAUUUUUUAAUUCACGCAUUUUGUUACGUGAAAUAAAAAAUAAUAGACAAUUUUUGUCUUCUAAUUUUAAACAAAUCCUAAUCCUCGAUGUGCUAAGAUCUUUUCAACGCAGCUACAAGCGCGUACUUCUUAGAGUUCUGAACGGAGUCGAUGAAAGCUUGGUUCACGAUGAAAUAAUUUCUAGAAAGGUUCGUCUAGUCGAAACCAAAAAAAAAAAAAAAAAAAAAAA